AUGGAAGCCGACUCCACUUUACGUGGGAUUGUGGUAAGAGAGGCCGAGGAUGAGCGGGGCGACAGGGAGGGGGGGGCAGGGAACCAUGAAAUAAAUGAAGAGUUACAGAUGCUUAACUGGAUACAACUUUCUAUUGAGUGACUCGUUAGGGGGAUGACAGUGUCAAAUCAAUGGUGGACAGAGCUGGUUAAAUGACAAACGAAGCUGAUAGAAUCCCCUGACCGUGUCCCUAAAUGACUCCAGCGCUGGGGCUGCUUGCCAGGCUUUGGUCUCUUUGUCACAGAGGGAUUCUACUGUAGGAUUCUCCCAUCUCAGUCCAUGAGGUGUUUUUGUCUAUAUUCCCCUUUGUUUAUGGUGGGGAGCCCAGCCUGCAGGAGAGGGCUGCUGACUGGAAGGUGGAAGGGUUGAUUAAUUGGUGCUGUUUUUGAGCCCAGGGGAUCCAAUCACGUAAUCAGUUUCUAUUGAUUCCUGCUGUGUCUAUUGAGAGAGUGUUGUGGGCCUGCCAGUGGCUAUGUGCACUGACCUGGCACGCAGGGAGAUUUGCUGCAGUCCAACUUGAUCUUGGUGCUGGAGAUUUGUACAGUCCAGAUAACCAGAAUGGAGGAUAUAUAGUUUAUUAUGGGCUUCUCACGUCUGCUCCCUAAUGUAUAUCCCUCUGCUUAGUCUCCUGUCAUUCUGUAUUUAGAUGAGUAUCGUCUUUAUCUGAGAAAGCAUUUCCACUUCACGGUAGUUGCAUAGGUUUAAUCAGCCAAUUGAUAUUAUCGUGCUGAAUUCUAAGCAACCAUUAAACUGGAGAUAGUAUAUCUAAUGAGGAUAUUUUUUCUCGGUUGUCAAACUUGAAGGUCUAUUAUUUUUGUCUGUUAAGACUCAGGGUAUAUCAAUUUACAUGUUCAGAUGUGAUAACAAUGUACUGUUACUGUAUGAAGCAAUUCAGAUUUCUGACAUCACCUACUAAUGAGGAGGUCAGUGUUUUCUGUGUAUUGAUGAAAAUGUGGCCACCGGACUGAAGUGGGUUGGGGAAGGGAAUCCAAUUCUCUGUUUGUAAGUGUGUGCCUAUCCGUACACAUGCUUUUAAUGCGCCCCAAAAGAACGUGGUUUGAAUGUCGUGCCAAAGUCAAAUUAAUCCUUAGAGUCUGGUUUACUUGAAAACAACCCAGAAACAUGCCAUCACCAGUCACAAAAUGAACUAAUCCUGGAGUAGGGACAAACAUUACAAAGCGGAGCUAAGAGUACAGUACUCCAUAGGUUUGUUUGGUCAAAACCGUCACUAUUUUAUUGUCAAGCAUACAGAUGUAAUUGACCAGACCUAUGUCUGUCUCUCUCUCCUCCAGAUCCGAGUGGAUGGGCCUCCUGAGGGUGGGGUGCAGUAUGAGACCCUGACCGUGAUGUCAGAAGGUAGUCCUAUCCUCCGAGACAUGGCCUUCUCUCUGGACCGCAACUCUCUCUACAUCACAUCUGACAAUCAGGUGAGGAAUCUCCCAUUCCCUACCUUAUCAGAAAUGUGUAAAGGUUAACAAGAUCCUUUCCUAUGAGUAUGAAUAGAAUUAUGUACUGUAUGUACUUUAUGGGUUUAGAGUUGUGAUGAAAAUAAUAAUACAUUAAUUUAUGAUUAGCCAACAUUAUUUGGGCUUAGGGUUAUGUGUAUAAUAUCACAAUAUUACCACGAGAAUCAAAAAUAGUAAAGAUGAAUUGGAAAUCAAGCAAAUAGCGGAAAUAUUUGAUAUUGUGCUCUCCUACACACAUUGUGGUACUACUUUUUUCAUUUAUCGCUCAUAUUAUAUGUAAACUCCAUGUUGGGUUGUGUGUAAGAUAUGCAGGGCAUGGUCAGACAGAAGGACAGAUGCUCUAAUUCUUCACCCAUGUGCAUCGACUAUGACUAACAUGCAUCAUACAUGCCUCACACACCCCAUAGAAAACCUCUAGACUACAUGCAUGUUAUACUUGCUACACACAUCCCACAGAAAACCUCUAGACUACAUGCAUAUUAUACUUGCUACACACAUCCCAUAGAAAACCUCUAGACUUCCAUACAUUUUAAACUAUGCUACACACUCCAUAGAAAACCAUUAGAGACAUUUCCUUGGUUUGUAGAUGUCAUAUGGUGUUUUCCAGUUGGGCCAGCAUUACAUCAGCUAGCAGAGCAGUUGUUGUUGGCAGAAGUCCUCUGGACUCAUUGGGAGAUAAGAGGGAACAGUGGUAAUCACUUUUAACUCAAGUGAUUAUUCUGGCUCAGUCGCAUGGCACUGUGUAAUGGGAUUAGAUUUCAGUGCGGCCAAAAGCCCUGCUAUCACUGCUACACUCACUUGUCUCCCGACUGUUGGAAUGUAUUUUUAAACUAAACUGAAGAACAAGGAGGCAGAGGGUGUUUGGACAAUACAGGCGGCAUAAAUUAGUUAAAUGUGUCUGGAAAUAACCUAUAAACAUCAAGUGAAGGCACAAAUAAGGUUUUUCGGUAAGGGAGAAACGGGCACAGGCAUUGUACAGAAGUGUCUCUUGAUACAAAUCAAGGCAGCACUUCCUAGAGUGUGAUGGACUUGAAGAGACAGGACAUCACUUAUUGAUGAGCCCUGGUUGUUCAAGGAGAGACAUAUUCUUCCUUCAAGGAGAUAGUCUCCCCAUUCUGACUGUAUUAUGAGAACAUGGAUGCAUGUAACCAACAAACCAGGACAUGGCCAUGCACUCUCUUUCUCCUAAUAUUGGAACCAUACCGACUGCUUGUGGCUUUUGGCCCUUAAGAGCCAGGAAAGGCAUAAAUCCUUUCCCCCUCUCUCUCAUUUCAAUCAGGCCUUCCUAGAGCUUUAGAGAGGAAUUCCAGGAGGAGAGGAGCUUGCUGGGCUGCUCUCUCAGAUUUCCUGCUUUUCCAGCCGAUCCCAGAGUAGGGGGAUUUGGGGAUUUCUCUGAGCCAAACAAUAGAGAAAUGAUGUGGAAUCAGGAGCGAGGCACAGACAGAUUUGGCUGAGAUCAGGCGACCCUCGCAGAAUAACAAUGAGCCUCUCUUUCUCCUGCCGAGCACAGUGCCGCACACAAGCAUGUGAUGCAGAGUGGAGAGGAAUGGAGUGUGUGAGUGUGUGUAAUAGUUUAUCUGUUUGAUGUCCUCAGGUUGAUUAUUUAUUGAAGGAUCCCUGCUUCACAUGGAGAAGUAUUGUCCGAACAGACACACUCUCUAUUGAAUUGUAAUGGUCUACAUCAGGGAUGGGCAACUUUGAUGGGGGUGGGGGCCACAAAAAAAUUGAACUCAUCAUGAGGGGCCGCAGUGGCCCUCCCACCUUGCGUGCAAAACAUUUUAGCUACCCCCCUCGUGACAGCAAAGAAAAAACUAUUUUUUUGUUCUAAAGUUAAUAUCCUGCAAUUCUACACCUUUUGCCAUGGGGUGGAGAGAAAAAUGAGCAGUUUUAAAGCAAAUUUCCUGAAUUCUACAAAUUUUGCCAAAGGGUUGUUAGGUUCUGACAAACAGAGUAAAGCUCACAGACAACUAGUAAAGCUCAAACCAAGUUUAUUCACCCACCGGGUCACACAGCUGCAUAAAACAAAGACAUGUUCACACAAGCACAUAUAUUUAUACCUUCCUCUUAUGCUGAGUCUCCUCCUUGCACAUCUGAACAGCCAAUACAUCUCUGUUGCUAGACAGGACUUUAGUGGUGACUUCUUUCUCACUUCAUCUGACCUGACCUCGGCCCAAAUUCCUUACUCCUCCUCAACUCAUGGCUUUCCUACCUUGUCUGUUGACUGAAACCAGACUGUGGAUACCUGAGAUUUAACAAUAACAUGUUCUGACAGAAUGUAAACUUUCUGCACUUCCCUUUCUCACUCAGUAGAUUUCCAUACCCUCAGUUCUAAUAUGGUAACAUGAAUAGGGAUAUUUCAAUUUUAGAAGUUAGUACCCAACAGGGUGGAGGCAAAUGUUUGCAGUUUUUAAUAUGAUAACUGAUUAUCAAUAUUUGUAUUUUUUGUUGUUAAUUUAUUUUAAAUUGGCCAUCCAUGGUCUACAUCAUGGGGCCAUAACAAGCGUUAUUACAGUUAAUCACUCAGAGGGAAUACAACCUGUAUUGGCUACAAGGCAAUCUCUCAAAGUGCUACACUGUAAAAUGUGAAAUCCUCAUCACCCGGUUUCGCAUUUGCUUGUUUUGUGUGUAACUUCAAAAGUCAUUUUUUGGGAACGAAACAUUAGAUAAUGAAUUCUCCUCUUGAUCAGUGUAAUCAACCUGAAGGCAAUAGCUAUAACCCAGGUGAAAUGUCACAUCAUCAUAAACAUACAGUACACAUAGUCAUUAAACAGUAUAGGCUGCCUGUAGUUCUUAUAGAGCAGGGCUCUCCAACCCUGUUCCUGGAGAGCUAACGUCCUGUAGGUUUUCGCUUCAACACUAAUCUAGUGAUCAUUAUUAUAUUAAUUAGCUGAUUGAUAAGCUGAAUCAGGUUAGUUACACCUGGGGUUGGAUCGAAACCUACAGGAGGGUAGCUCUCCAGGAACAGGGUUGGAGACCCCUGUUAUAGAGGCACCCAUGACCCGUCUUGUCAAGGGCCAAAGGCAGAGGAGUAAAUGCUCAAUAUCUGUGCUAUUUGUUGAGCGUGGUCUGGUCAGGCUUUGUGUGAGCUUGUUUGGACAGGGAGGGUUAUCAGUCUCUGUCUUGGCUUCCCCCUGACCCAUCAUUAGACCUUUUGUUAUCCCUGUCAAGGGGUCAGCAGCUGUGAAAACAACAGGUCAGGGAGGAGAGGAGAGCAACCUCUAGCCAUGUCCAUCAGUGCCCUUUGUCCUCCCACCCACCUUCACCCAGCAGAUCUAUGGGUCAGAUAAUAAGCUGAUGGUUGAUGGAUAUGGUCAGUUGCAUUCACAUUUAACAGUAAUUGAUAGAGACAACUUUUAGAGGCAGAGGAGAAAUCACAUUAUUGCAGACAAAGCAUUGUUGUGCUUUUAGUGUGUUUUCAUUGGAGAAGAGAACACAAAUCCCUAUAAUCUGAAAACAUGUUAAAUUCCUGAUUAAUCUGAAUGAAAGUGGUAAAGUGAUAGUAGACUGAUACGAUAAGCCUUACUUUCAUAAGCAUUACAUGUGCCUAGCAUCGCUGUAAGGGGCCGAUUCAGACUUAGGAAAUGCAAGCCUUUCCUACGUACUUUUCAGUAUUUGAAAUUCAGUCGCGUAACGCGCUCUGCAGGUGUGGCUUCCUUCCACACUCUGAAUACACUCCUACUUGCUGGCCAACAGAUUUUCUAGUGGAGUUUUCAUUCAAUAAGGUUUUCAGUACAUUUAUCUUAAGUCAUCCCUUUAGAUACGGUGUACUGUAUCAUUGUAUAUGUAUAUUUGUGUAUUGUCUAAAAACCAAAAUAAAAUGAUACAAUAAAUAAAUAAAUAAAUACUGUAUGACAUUUAGUUAGAAUUUUGUCGACAGAUUCACUAGAACAUAUUGAGAGAACGGGUUCCGAAUAUUAGGGAUCAAUUAAAUAAAUCCAUCUAAAUAUAUGCAUAUUCAUCGCCAUUUCAACACCAAUUGGUAGAUUUAAAAAUACUCUGAUCUUGUAGAUUAUUUAGCUUUAGGAAAGUAUUUAUGGAUCAUAAAAAACUGGUUUGGAGAGCCUUUACGUACGAAUGAACGAAAAAGGUGGUUUGAUUCAUUCAGAAAAUUGCCACAUUAGUUCUUCAACCCAUGGUAAUUUUGAAAGAUUAGUGUACAUAGAAUUAUAAUAGGGAGAAUAGUGUACCAUAGUAGCCUGUACCCUCGUCUAUUGCCUGCACUAACCAUGGAACUGUGUGAUGACACGGCCAAGUAUUGCGCCAUACAUCAGGUUCAAACCGUUACAGCUUGGUCUGCGCUUCGCUCCAAAACGAUUUAAUUAGCUUACAUGUCUUUAAAAAAUAUAUAUAUUAUCAGCUGUUACCAAUGAUCCUCAGCAACAACAACACGGCCUUGACGGCGUUUACAGAGGAAGCAACUUAAGGUAAACAAAACAAUGUAAUUAAAUGGAAUGAUAAUGUAGGCUAUACCAACUGAAGGGAAUUAACAGUAAAUUGGCAGUUGAAUAUGUGUUGUUAUUAGGCCUACUGACAAUCGAUACUGACAGUGGUUAAUAUUUAACAUGAUAGAUAUAGGAAACAGAGAAAGUCAGGGUAGACUAUAAUGAAGACAUUCAAGAGUGCCAAUCCCUGCAGGUUAAAAGCCAUACAAUUUAAAAUCUGCAUAAUGGCACAGCAUUUCAUAAACUUUACUGUGGGAAAAUUUAUAUUUUGAUAUGCUUCCGUUUGCUGCCAUAUGACUGGUUUCACAUUUGUCAUUUAAAUUUACAAGUCCCUUAUCCAAACGGAUUACUCAUUUACCUAGCUCUUAUCAAUAGCUCUUUUCAAGUUGUAAAUUACAGUGCAUAGAAAUAACACCAUUCUCCAUCAGAAAAAAUAAGUAUAUGUUUUUUUCACUUGGAACCGGUAGGUUCGCUAGACCUUAUUCAUGGUUUCCUCACGCGUAAAGGUGGUGGAAUUAAGUCAAGGUCAGAAUACAGAGUAUCUGUAGACACAUCUCAGCAACACCUUAAUUUAUUCGAGCUUCACGUGAAUGAUUAGCGGGUAAAUAGCAUGCUAUUCGCAUUUAUUUUAUUUUAUUUAACCUUUAUUUAUUCAGGUUAGUCUCAUUUAAGAGAUACUUGGUCUAACCAAGACAGCAGCAGGGGGGAACAAUGUUUGAGACAAAUAUCAGACAUACUGUAACAACUUACAGACAUAGACACACCAUUAAAAACAAAUUGGGAUGUAGACACAUACAUUUCAAUUACAGAAACAUACAAGCGUCAAAGAUAAAUACAUCUAUCAUAUGUACCACCGCAUCAAGUCCUAAUGACAAUCACAUUCCUCACAUUCCUAUAUUCCUGAUAUCUCCAGGAGUAUAAUUGUUGUCUUUAUCUGUUGUCUAGUACUGUCUUUUUGCUAGAUAGGGUCAUCUACUUUAAGUGCUGCCUGUCUUCCCAGUAGCCUACUUGGUAUGUGAACCACUGACUGCUAUUAAUUUGCAGAUGAUUGUUGACACAUCACCCAGGAUUAAGGGGCAGGGCAAUUUGUGACUGUUGUUGUUUUAGUAAUCAGUGGCUGUAUUGGAGGGGGAGUGGUUUCUCCUCUCCUAGGCAAUCAGCAAUUAGUACCGGGAGGUGUACUCUUCACCUUUGCAAGGGAAUGAGAUAUUAGUAUUAGUACUUCAGUCUCCCCUGUUUUCUCAGCGGCAGCUGUAAGCGGGGGUCUCGUCGCAAAACUAAGACCGUCGCCGAAACAAAGAUGGUCCUGCCGAGGUGUUCGAGGAAGGAAAGAGAGGAAGGCUCCACACCAGAGCGGAGCGUGCUCAAUUUGACUGGAGAGCAGAGCGAGUUUCCAAAAGGCUGGAGUAUCCGCCUUCUCACCUGCUCCAAUUUUGCUCCAGUAGCGCUCCAGUAGCGCUCCAGUAGCGCUCACUUCACUUCACGAGCUCAGGGCAUGACCGUCCCAGCAUGCAUUUGUAGGCUACUUGUGUUAGCCCUUUGCUUUAGUUACCGUCAUGGAGUUUGUUAAAUAUUUUCAUAAAGAAACUGAUAAAACACACAGGUGCAAAAUCAAGGUGACUUACAAAGAUGAGGAGGACCAACAGCAAGAGCGGGAAUGCGGUGAUGUAGUGUCCACAACUACAGUGGCAUGCGAAAGUAUUCACCCCCCUUGGCAUUUUUCCUAUUUUGUUGCCUUACAACCUGGAAUUAAAAUGGAUUUUUUGGGGGGUUUGUAACAUUUGAUUUACACAACGUGCCUACCACUUUGAAGAUGCAAAAUAAAAAAAAAUGGUGAAACAAACAAGAAAAAAUACAAAAAAACUGAACAUGAGCGUGCGUAACUAUUCACCCCCGAAAGUCAAUACUUUGUAGAGCCACCCUUUGCAGCAAUUACAGCUGCAAGUCUCUUGGGGUAUGUCUCUAUAAGCUUGGCACAUCUAUCCACUGGGAUUUUUGCCCAUUCUUCAAGGCAAAACUGCUCCAGCUCCUUCAAGUUGGAUAGGUUCCGCUGGUGCAAUCUUUAAGUCAUACCACAGAUUCUCAAUUGGAUUGAGGUCUGGGCUUUUACUAGGCCAUUCCAAGACAUUUAAAUGUUUCCCCUUAAACCACUCAAGUGUUGCUUUAACAGUAUGCUUAGGGUCAUUGUCCGGCUAGAAGGUGAACCUCCAUCCCAGUCUCAAAUCUCUGGAAGACUGAAACAGGUUUCCCUGAAGAAUUUCCCUGUAUUUAGCGCCAUCCAUCAUUCCUUCAAUUCUGACCAGUUUCCCAGUCCCUGCCGAUGAAAAACAUCCCCACAGCAUGAUGCUGCCGCCACCAUGCUUCACUGUGGGGAUGGAGUUCUCGGGGUGGUGAGAGGUGUUGGGUUUGCGCCAGAAAUAGCGUUUUCCUUGAUGGCCAAAAAGUUCAAUUUUAGUCUCAUCUGACCAGAGUACCUUCUUCCAUAUGUUUGGGGAGUCUCCUACAAGCCUUUUGGUGAACACCAAAUGUGUUUGCUUAUUUCUUUCUUGAAGCAAUGGCUUUUUUCUGGCAACUCUUCCGUAAAGCCCAGCUCUGUGGAGUGUAAGGCCUAAAGUGGUCCUAUGGACAGAUACUCCAAUCUCUGCUGUGGAGCUUUGCAGCUCCUUCAGGGUUAUCUUUGGUCUCUUUGUUGCCUCUCUGAUUAAUGCCCUCCUUGCCUGGUCCGUGAGUUUUGGUGGGCGGCCCUCUCUUGGCAGGUUUGUUGUGGUGCCAUAUUCUUUCCAUUUUAAAAUAAUGGAUUUAAUGGUGCUCCGUGGGAUGUUCAAAGUUUUGGCUAUUUUUUAACCCAACCCUCAUCUGUACCUUCCACAACUUUGUCCCUGACCUGUUUGGAGAGCUCCUUGGUCUUCAUGGUGCCGCUUGCUUGGUGUUGCCCCUUGCUUAGCGGUGUUGCAGACUCUGGGGCCUUUCAGAACAGGUGUAUAUAUACUGAGAUCAUGAGACACUUAGAUUGCACACAGGUGGACUUUAUUUAACAAAUUAUGUGACUUCUGAAGGUAAUUGGUUGCACCAGAUCUUAUUUAGGGGCUUCAUAGCAUUCCGUUAUUUAUUUUUUCAAUUCACUUCACCAAUUAGGACUAUUUUGUGUAUAUCCAUUUCAUGAAAUCCAAAUAAAUAUCCAUUUAAAUUACAGGUUGUAAUGCUACAAAAUAGGAAAAACGCCAAGGGGAUGAAUACGUUUGAAAGGCACUGUAAGUCUUGGAAUCGGAAAAGACACAGAAAGCAUGAUGGUGUACUACGUGCACAUGCUAACAGAAAGAAAUGAGGUGGGUAGCUAGCUAAGUGUGUCAUUGUAGCAAAGUAUUUAAGUUUAGUUAAUUUUCGUUCUAUUAUCUAUACAAUAAGCUAUCAUUGAUUUUGGCCCAAUUGGCUGACAUAUUACCUAUUUCAAGGAGCUUUCCGUUUUGAUAGGGUUAUUUUCCUAAAAACCUUUAGUCCUACCUAUAGAAAAAUAAAAAACAACUCUACAUCCAUGCCCAGCAUGGCAAGAGUGGCCCAAAGGGUGUUUAGCAUCCUCAGUGGCAAUACAAGCGCAUUCCGUUUCUGGCCUGCUCUCCGGGCAUGAGCCUGAAGCCACAGACUCUGGCCAAACUCAUGUUUCUAAAAGUGAAUUCAAAGGCACUGAGCCUAAUAAGGCAUUUUUCGUAAAAUGUGUAUUUAAUUCUAAGUAAGUCACAGCCUAUAUGCACAAUUUAUAGACUAUAAUGGUUUAAUACAAUGAACUGUUGUUUAAAUGCUGAGCGCACUCGCAAAUGCUUCACAAUUUAUUUAUUUGUAGGCUAUAGGCUAUAAUUGAAGUAAUAGGCUAAUAAUUCAUUUUCGUUCCUUCUUAGGCUACCUGUUUAGAGUGUUUAUAUGCUGUUUAAUACGACAUGUAGCCUUGUCAGAACGCUGCUUGUGGAUGUGGUGCAGGGAAUCAAGCGCAGGAACAGGGGUGUUCGUCAACAGACUUUAGUAAAUCCAAACAGGAAUGAGUCGCCAACCCAACCGGGUGGCACGAACAAUUACGCACAGCAACAACAGUGCGAAAACAAGAAAAAAGCGCACGCAGUGCGAACUCUCAAGAUACAACAAUAUGAGAGAGGAAACUCCUCAAUGGCAACAGCUGACAACAAUAAUCACACAUAACACCUGACCCAACACACGAUAACUAAAUAGGAAACAAAAUCAAACACUAACAAGGGACAGGUGUACAACUAGACAAAACCAAACAAACAUGAAACAUCGAACGGUGGUAGCUAGUACUCCGGGGACGACGACCGCCGAAGCCUGCCCGAACAAGGAGAAGGAGCAGCCUCGGCCGAAACCGUGGCAGUACCCCCCCCCUUGACGCGCGGCUCCAGCCGUGCGCCGAUCCCGGCCUCGGGGACGACCAGGACGACGCGGAGCAGGGCGCGUAGGAUGACCCCGAUGGAACUCGGUCAGCAAGGACAGGUCUAGUAUGUCCCUCCACGGCACCCAGCACCGCUCCUCCGGGCCGUACCCCUCCCACUCCACGAGAUAUUGGAGACCCCCCAUCCGGCGUCUCGAAUCAAGGAUGGACCUCACAGUGUACGCCGGAGCCCCCUCGAUGUCCAACGGGGGCGGAGGAAUCUCCUCUAUCUCAUAAUCCUGGAGUGGACCAGCUACCACUGGCCUGAGGAGAGACACAUGAAACGAGGGGUUAAUACUCCUGUAAUCAAUAGGCAGUUCUAACCUGUAACACACCUCGUUCAACCUCCUCAGGACUUUAAAUGGCCCCACAAACCGCCGACCCAGCUUCCGGCAGGGCAGGCGGAGGGGCAGGUUUCUGGUUGAGAGCCAGACUCGAUCUCCAGGUGCGUACACAGGCCCCUCACUGCGGUGGAGAUCGGCGCUCGUCUUAUGCCGACGGAUGGCCCGCUGCAGAUGAACGUGGGCAGCGUUCCACGUCUCCUCCGAGCGCCGCACCCACUCAUCCACCGCAGGGGCCUCGAUCUGGCUCUCGUGCCAAGGUGCCAGAACCGGCUGGUACCCUAACACACACUGGAAAGGGGUUAGUUGGGUGGAGGAGUGGCGGAGAGAGUUCUGCGCCAUCUCGGCCCACGGAACGUAUCUCGCCCACUCCUCCGGCCGGCCCUGGCAAUAAGACCUCAGAAACCUCCCCACAUCCUGGUUGACACGUUCAACCUGCCCAUUACUCUCCGGGUGGUAACCCGAGGUAAGGCUCACCGAAACCCCCAACCGUUCCAUAAACGCUCUCCACACUCUGGAGGUGAACUGGGGGCCUCGAUCAGACACUAUAUCCUCGGGUACCCCGUAAUGCCGGAAGACAUGGGUAAACAGAGCCUCAGCGGUCUGUAGGGCAGUAGGUAGACCCGGCAUGGGUAGGAGACGACAGGCCUUCGAGAACCGAUCCACAACGACCAGGAUGGUAGUAUUCCCCUGUGAGAGGGGAAGGUCUGUAACAAAAUCCACCGAGAGGUGGGACCAGGGUCGUUGUGGAACGGGCAGGGGUUGUAGCUUACCCCUGGGCAAAUGUCUGGGCGCCUUACACUGGGCACACACCGAACAGGAGGAGACAUAAAUCCUCACAUCCCCGGCUAACGUUGGCCACCAGUACUUAGUGCUAAGGCAGUGAACUGUCCGGCCGAUACCUGGAUGUCCAGAGGAGGGGGACGUAUGAGCCCAAUAAAUGAGGCGAUCGCGUACCUCGAGCGGAACGUACGUCCGACCCACAGGACACUGGGGAGGACUUGGGUCGGUGCGUAACGCCCGCUCGAUCUCGGCAUCGACCUCCCACACCACUGGUGCAACCAGACACGACUUCGGUAGUAUGGGAGUGGGCUCAACGGACCUCUCCUCCGUGUCAUAUCGCCGAGACAGGGCAUCUGCCUUCCCGUUCUGGGACCCAGGGAUGUAAGUGAUUUUAAACACAAACCGGGCUAGAAACAUAGUCCAGCGGGCCUGGCGAGGAUUCAGUCUCCUAGCUGCCCGGAUGUAUUCCAGGUUACGGUGGUCAGUUAGAAUGAGGAAAGGGUGUUGAGCCCCCUCAAGCCAAUGCCUCCACACCUUUAGGGCCUGUACCACGGCUAACAGCUCCCUGUCCCCUACGUCAUAAUUCCGCUCCGCCGGACUGAGCUUCUUAGAAUAAAAAGCACAGGGGCGGAGUUUAGGUGGUGUGCCAGACCGUUGUGAGAGAACGGCCCCAAUACCAGCCUCGGACGCGUCUACCUCCACCUGGAAAGGCAAAGCGGGAUCCGGAUGCGCCAACACCGGCGCUGAGGUAAACAGGUCCUUCAGUCUCCCAAAAGCCCUGUCCGCCUCAGCUGACCACUGCAAGCGCACCGGACCCCCCUUCAACAGAGACGUAAUGGGAGCUGCCACCUGUCCAAAACCCCGGAUAAACCUCCGGUAAUAAUUCGCAAAGCCCAAGAACUGUUGCACCUCUUUCACAGUGGUUGGGGUUUGCCAAUUACGCACAGCUGACACCCGGUCAACCUCCAUCUUCACCCCUGACGCAGACAAUUGAUAACCCAAAAAGGAGACCGACUUCUGAAAGAACAGACAUUUCUCUGCCUUGACAUAUAGGUCAUGCUCCAACAGCCUCCUCAACACUCGGCGCACCAGGGCUACAUGCUCAGCUCGGGUAGAACUGUACACUAGAAUAUCGUCUAUGUACACGACUACUCCCUGCCCCUGCAUGUCCCGGAAAAUCUCAUCUACAAAGGAUUGGAAGACUGAGGGAGCAUUCAUUAACCCAUAUGGCAUGACGAGAUACUCGUAAUGACCGGAGGUCGUGCUAAAUGCUGUCUUCCAUUCAUCGCCCUCUCUAAUGCGCACCAAGUUAUAUGCGCUCCUAAGAUCCAGUUUUGUGAAGAACUGAGCACCGUGUAAUGACUCCGUCAUAGUCGCAAUCAGAGGAAGUGGAUAGCUGUACUUCACUGUAAUCUGAUUGAGACCGCGGUAAUCAAUACACGGGCGCAGACCUCCAUCUUUUUUCUUCACAAAAAAGAAGCUAGAGGAAGCGGGUGAAGUGGAGGCCCGUAUGUAUCCCUGUCUCAGAGACUCGGCGAUGUAAGUUUCCAUUGCCUUCCUCUCCUCUUGGGACAAGGGAUACACAUGGCUCCGCGGGAGGGCUGCUCCUGACUGGAGAUCUAUCGCACAAUCCCCCUGUCUAUGAGGCGGCAGCUGCGCUGCCCUAGUCUUACUGAACACAAGUUUCAAAUCCUCAUACUCAGGGGGAAUCUGCAGUGCUGGCAUUAGAUUCGGACUCUCCACCGAGGUCGCCCCUAUGGAAACACCCAGACACAGCCCCACACACUGAGCAGACCACCCUGUAAGAGCUUUCUCUCGCCACGAAAUAGUAGGGUCAUGGGUAAUUAACCAGGGAAGCCCCAGCACCACCGGAUAUGCAGGAGAGUCAAUCAGAUAGAGCUGAAUCGUCUCCUCAUGACCCCCCUGCGUCACCAUCUUAAGAGGCGCUGUGACCUCCCUAAUCAACCCAGAUCCUAACGGACGGCUAUCUAGGGCAUGUACAGGGAAAGGCUUAUCAACAGGACGGAGGGGAAUCCCUAACUUUACACAGAACUGGCGAUCUAUAAAAUUCCCAGCUGCGCCUGAAUCUACCAGCGCCUUAUGCUGGGAACGAGGUGCAACCUGUGGAAAACAAACAGGCAAGGUUAGGUGAACGACAGAAAGCUCUGGGUAAGUAGGGCGCCUACUCACCUGGGAGGACUCCCCAAUGCCUGGCCUGACCUCACCUCCACCAGGGGACCCUCCCCAACACCUAGCCGCGGUGUGUCCUCCACGGCCACAGUUGGUGCAGGGAACGGCCCCCCUCGGGUUCCUACUCCUCCGUUCCCUAGCGCCAGCACCUCCGAGCUCCAUAGGGCUCGGCUCGGAGGUGCUGGAAGGUGGAAUGGGCAACCCCCACCCGGGACGUCCACGGGUAGCGAGCAGGGUGUCCAGCCGAAUGGCCAUGUCGACCAGUUGGUCAAACGACAACGUGGUAUCCCUGCACGCCAACUCUCUCUGGACGUCCUCCCGGAGGCUGCAGCGGAAGUGGUCUAUGAGGGCCCGCUCAUUCCACCCUGCAUCUGCCGCUAGAGUCCGGAACUCCAAUGCAAAAGCCUGUGCGCUCCUCAUCCCCUGUCGGAGGUAGAACAGACGCUCCCCCGCCGCCUUCCCCUCCGGUGGAUGGUCAAACACGGCAUGGAAGCGGCGGGAGAACUCCGCAUAGGUAACAGUAGCGGCGUCUAUUCUACUCCAUUCGGCGUUGGCCCACUCCAACGCCUUGCCGGUGAGACAGGAGAUGAGGGCGGAGACGCUCUCGUGUCCCGAGGGAGCCGGGUGUACGGUGGCGAGGUAGAGCUCCACUUGCAGCAAGAACCCUUGACACCCGGCAGCGGAGCCGUCGUACGCCCUCGGGAGGGAGAGCCGAAUCCCGCUGGGUUCCGGAAGGGGGACAGGAGGACUGACCGAUGGGGAUGGUCCGGUAGGUGGGGGCGUGGGUACCCCGCUGGUCUCCCAUCGGUGGAGAGUGUUCAUCACCUGAUCCAGGGCUUGACCGAUCUGGUUGAUCCUGUCCUCCUGCCCACGAAGACGGUCUUCCAUAAUGUCCGUUGGCGCGGCUGCUCCUGCUGAUUCCAUAGUGUGAUGUGUGAUUCUGUCAGAACGCUGCUUGUGGAUGUGGUGCAGGGAAUCAAGCGCAGGAACAGGGGUGUUCGUCAACAGACUUUAGUAAAUCCAAACAGGAAUGAGUCGCCAACCCAACCGGGUGGCACGAACAAUUACGCACAGCAACAACAGUGCGAAAACAAGAAAAAAGCGCACGCAGUGCGAACUCUCAAGAUACAACAAUAUGAGAGAGGAAACUCCUCAAUGGCAACAGCUGACAACAAUAAUCACACAUAACACCUGACCCAACACACGAUAACUAAAUAGGAAACAAAAUCAAACACUAACAAGGGACAGGUGUACAACUAGACAAAACCAAACAAACAUGAAACAUCGAACGGUGGUAGCUAGUACUCCGGGGACGACGACCGCCGAAGCCUGCCCAAACAAGGAGAAGGAGCAGCCUCGGCCGAAACCGUGACAAGCCUAUUUGAAAUAAAUGAUGAAUGCUUCUUACAGUCACUUUUUCAUGUUGUUUAUUGAAAUGUGUUUGGUUCCAAUACUUCAAAACCAAAGGUGGGUCCAGGUAGUAACAAAAAUAGAUGGGUGUUGGUUCAAUGGGGAUUUUAAUGAAUGGAGCAUAUUUGGAGCAGCAGUUUUUUUUCCUCUGAGCGAGGAGUGUUUUUUAGUGGUGUGGUUGGAAAGGAAGUGGAGGAAAAAUUCAGCUCAACUCCACUCAACUCCGCUCAACUCCGCUCACAUACUCUGUUCCACACCACUCUCUCACUUUAGUAUCUUACCUAGUUAUUUUCAGAUCUCAUUUUGCUAUUUUUUAGCUAUGGCAACUAUGUGUGUGUUUUCUAUACCUGUUCGCUCCUUUCCCUGUAGGCUUUACAGACGCUCCCCAUCCCUUGGCUGCAACUCUUCUAAUUUAGUGUACCCAUGUGGAAUUCCUGGUCUCUGGCAACGUUUGGAACGGUCAAGAACGCCGAGUUCAUCUCAGCCUAUGCAGCCCUUCAGUCCCUUGACUUUUUGGCCCUGACGGAGACAUUGAUCACCCCAGAGAACACUGCUACUCCAGCUGCUCUCUCUUCAUUUGACUACGUUUUCUUUCAUAGUCCGAGAGCAUCUGGUCAUCGCGUUGGUGGCACAGGGCUACUAAUUUCUCCUAAGUGGAGAUUUUAAAUGUUUCCCCUCUCUUACCUGUCCAUCUCCUCAUUUGAAUUCCAUGCUGUCACUGUCACUUGUCCACUCAAGCUUAAAAUUGUUGUCAUCUAUUGCCAACCAGGUGUCCAUAGAGUUCCUCAAUGAGCUUGAUAAGCUCAUUUCCUGAUGAUGACUCACUGCUCUUCGUACUUGGCAACUUCAACCUCCCGACAUCUGCCUUAGAUUCAUUUCUUUCUAACUCUCUCUUUCCCCUCGCCUCUUUUGACCUCACCCUUUCCCAGUCCCCUCCCACUUAAGAGGCAGGUAAUACGCUUGACCUCAUCUUUAAUGGAGGCUGUUUGCCUACUAAUCUCACUGCAACCCCCCUCCAGGUCUCUGAUCACUACUUUGUUUCCUUUUCUAUGUCGCUUUCCUCCAACCCUAGCCACUCAGCCCCUACCCAGAUGGUCAUGAUCUUCGCUCUCCAUCUCCCACUACUCUCUCCUCUUCUAUCCUAUCUUCACUCCCUUCUGCUAAAUCCUUCUCCCUCCUGUCUCCUGAUUCUGCCUCUUCGACCCUACUCUCCUCCCUUUCUGCAUCCUAUGACUCGCACUGUCCCCGCAGUGACUCAUUACGAGCUUACAGAACAGGGCUGCGGGCAGCUGAGCGAAAAUGGAGGAAAACUAAACUUCCGGAGGACCUAUCAUCCUUUCACUCCCUCUUCUCUACCUUCUCUUUCUCUAUAUCCACUGCUAAAGCCACUUUCUAUCACUCAAAAUGUAAAGAUUCUACCUAUAACCCUAUGAAGCUCUUUUCCACCUUUUCCUCCCUUUUUAAUCCUCCACCCCUCCCCCUCCCUCUUCUCUCUCUGCGUCAACCACUUUGAAAAGAAUGUUGACGACAUCCACUGCUCAUUCACUCAACCUUUUGAGUCCACUAGACCCACAUAACUACCCUACGCCUUGACCUCUUUCUCCCCCUUCUCUCCAGAGGAAAUCCUGUGACUAGUGAGGUCCUGCCGCCCAACAACCUGCCCGCUCGACCCCAUCUCAUCCUCCCUUCUCCAGACCAUCUCAACUCAUCCUUGACCACUGACCCUCUGACUUCAAAAUGGCCUGACACGCUCCCCUCCUCAAAAAACCAACACUCAUCUCAGAAUGAUCUUCUUGGCCCUAACCAGUCAGGCUUCAAGACGGGUCACUCAACUGAGACUGCUCUUCUCUAUGUCACAGAGGCCCUCCGCACUGCCAAAGCUGACUCUCUCUCUUCUGUUCUCAUCCUAGAUCUAUCUGCUGCCUUCGACACCGUGAACCAUCAGAUCCUCCUCUCCACUCUCUCAGGUCUGGGUGUCUCAGGCUCUGCACACUCUUGGAUUGCAUCCUACCUGGCAGGCCUCUCCUACCAGGUGACAUGAAGAGGAUCUGUGUCUGCACCACAUACUCUCACUACUGGUGUCCCCCAGGGCUCGGUUCCAGGCCCUCUCCUCUUCUCUCUACACACCAAGUCACUCGGCUCCUUCAUAUCGUCACAUGGUCUCUCCUAUCAUUGCUAUGCGGAUGACACUCAACUACUUUUCUCCUUCCCCUCUUCUGACACCCAGGUGUCGACACACAUCUCCCUGUCCAUCUUCCGAAAACAUCUGAAACAAGUAUCUUAAAUAAUCCCACAGCGCCCCCCCCCCCCCCCCCCCCCCCCUCACCUCUGGAUAAGAGUGUCUGCUAAGUUACUAAAAUGUCAAAUGUAAAUGUGAAUGUGAGUCAACCAAACGUUUAAACUCCUCCAAGGAAACAAGAUCCUGGAGUUUCAAGCUGGUCUGGAAAGAAUUCCAAGACCACGGAGCUAAAACACUUUUUGCCAUGAUCCGUUCUGAUGCUUCAGUUCAAGGUCAGAAUACAUGUAGAGAAAAAGUGCAUAAAAAGAGAAUUACGUUCCAUUUCCGGGCGCUUAAAUCAGGUCGGAAUGGGCCCCACCCCCCAAGAGCAUGAUUUAAGAUGAUGAGGAUUGCAUAAUAGCCAAAGCUGACAGUUGCAGAGUGGAUUAGAGUAUAUGACUGUUGAAAGUAAAAUACCACACCAUAAUUAUAACCAUCUAUGGUAGAAUUAUCUUCCUCUCACUUUCUCUUGCUUGCAUCUCUAUGUAGUGUGUACUGUAGGUUUGUGCUGUCCUGGAAAUAAAAUAAACUAAUAAAGAGAAAAAUAUGAAGCUUUCAUCAAGUGACUGCCAAUUAUAUUUCAGUGUGAUAAUUAAUUGUAGUUACAUUUCAAGGGAUUUCUAAGGCUGUGUGGGAAAUUGUUGUCCUCAAACAAAAUGUUGUCUGCUGUCAAUGUCAUCUCAUUGUAUUUCAUAGCUUUGCCUGCAUGCUCAGGUAAAAUUCGAUGGACAAAUAAACUCACAUCAUGUGAGCUGAACAUUAAAUCUGAGCAACACCAGAGGCACACUGUUGGCACGGUAACAGCAAGGCCCAUCUGUCUGUCUGCUCAUUCCCCUCCUUAGCUAGUUUUGGAGAGGCUAAUCUGAGUUGGGCUGGUAGGGAGGAUUACUCUUUCUGUGUCAGAUUUGGACGUUGAGCCUGUCCCCCUAUCCCUUCUAAAAAUCAUUUAGCUUUUUCUUAAAAAAAGAAAAAGUGCUUUUGCGGAGAGCGGCAGAUAAUCUGUUUAGCCAACACAGACCUGAGAGAGAAGCCAUUUACACUAUCAAGAGCAACGGAGACGCUCUCAUCCAUAAUCCACUCUUCAUUUGUGAUUAUUUACCUCAGGAAAUUACUUGCAUGGUCCGUCAAGGGGGAGAAUAAUAACAAAGUAUAAAAUAGCAAAGCUUCAACCUGUUUGUAUAUGCAUGGGCUGGCGCUGCCCACUCAACAGCAGCGUCUGUCACAGCGACUAAUGGGAGCGUAUGCUUUGCCAGGCAUCCACACAGAUAAGUGGCGGUGUGUGUAUGUGUAUCUGUGUGUGUAGGCUGAUCCAAGCUGUGAGCACACCCAUGGAUAUCAGGCUUAUCUUUUCUGUGGCUUUACUUGUUUCUCAGCCUGUUUGCCAGAGCUACUUCCUCUGUUGAACCUAGGUUGAAGAUGACAAAGGUUAAGACAACAGGAUUCUAAUAUCCAAUAACUCUUUGCAAAAUUUAGACCAGCGUUGCUAGUUAGCAACGGUGCUAGUACUUAUCAACGAUGCUGGUCCAAUUAAUUUGUUUAUUUCCGAACGCUGCCGCGUGUAAUUAUUACAUUGUCUUAACCUUGUCAUCUUCAACCUAGUGCUGAACCCCCCACAAUCAAUCAACGGAAUGAAUCCGAUUUCACAUACUACCAGGCUUUUCCCCAUUUCCUUAGAUCAUGUUUACUAAGUCAACAGGGAAUACAUUAUUUCAUUGGAUACAUGACAUACUGUAUUAUAUAAUGUAUCACACACAAUUAACCAGUUAAACAAGUCAUGAAGCAAUUAUAUAGAGCAAUAUGUUUUACACUAAUUGUAAAUGAUGUGCUGUUCAUGUGUAUGUGAAUGUUGUAGGCUCCAUGGCCUAUGUUAUGCGUCUAAACCUUCCUCUGUUGUGUUGUAGGUGACCCAGAUCCCAGUGGAGGCAUGUGAGCAGUAUGGGACCUGUGGAGAGUGUCUGAGCUCUGGGGAUCCUCACUGCGGCUGGUGUGUCCUGCUCAACAUGUAGGUCCACUACUACACUAUUCUCAAAAGGCACAAUGGUCAUGUUUUAAAACACCAAUCACAUAAUUUACCAAGAAAAAAGGAGUAAGAGGUCAUACAAGCCCUCAAAUACAAAAUGAUGCUACUGAGCACACAGAUACAGACAGCCUGUCUGUCACUGCUGAUAUGGAGGGACAGAAUGACUGAGAUAAUGGGGACAGAGUACAGAGGGAUUACAGACAGAGAGUAGUGCAGAGGGUAACCAAAUGGACUGCUACAGUCUCUAGAACAUUUAGAACUGUGAAAGAGGCUCAUCUUCGACAUCUUAAUUAUCGGACCGCCAGGUUAUCUUACGUAAUAGAACAGGACAGAGCAGAAGAGAUCCAGAAGAUUAAAACCCAGGCAAUGUUUCUGAAAAUGCACUGAAACAGACCUCAGAAAGGAUUUAUGCAUUAUUAUAUGUCAUUUGCAUUUCAGCAAUCUCUACGAUCAUCAUUAUCUAAAUUGCAGCUCUUGGAGAGCCCUCUCUAUGUUAUCACCCCACUUGACUAGCAAAACACGGAACAUAUUUAUCCUAAUUACUUUAUUCCUCUUCUGUUUUCAUAAGUGCAUUUUCUGCUCCAAUUCCCACGAUUAUACUUUACAUUAUUAGUAAUUUAGCAGACGCACUUAUCCAGAGCGACUUACAGUUAGUGAAUACAUAUUUUUUUAUACUGGCCCCCCGUGGGAAUCGAACCCACAACCCUGGCGUUGCAAACGCCAUGCUCUAUCAACUGAGCUACAUCCCUGCCGGCCAUUCCCUCCCCUACCCUGGAUGACGCUGGGCCAAUUGUGCGCCACCCAUGAGUCUCCCGGUCGCGGCCGGCUGCGACAGAGCCUGGAUUCAAACCAGGAUCUCUAGUGGCACAGUUAGCACUGCAAUGCAGUGCCUUAGACCACUGCGCCACUCAGGAGACUACUUGUAUGCAUGCCACUUCCAUGAGCUACUAUUCACUAUCUAGCUACUGUUCACUGAAUAGUAUCCUAAGUGGAAAUACUCACCUUGUCUCUCUACAGUAAAACAAUUAGAAAAUGCAACAUACAGUCACUGUAUAUGCUCACCCAAAGCAUGUGAAGGUAAAGCACCACGUGCCAUAUAGGGGAGUGUGUGUGUAUAUAUGGUAUGUUAAUCUCUAAGAGGCUAGGACAGGAGAACAAACAGCUCUAUCAGGCAUAACAUGGAGGGGGAGAUGAAAUAAAAGGGAAUGAAAGGGCGCCUGGGAUGAAAUGGGUGUCCAGGGGCACUUCAAUUGAUGAGAAGCUAAGAGGUUAGUGUCUAUUCUCCCUAUGGAUACCGGCUGUAUCAAGGAGCCGGCAGGAACAACAACCAUCAUUGGGUUUCCAUUCUGCCUUCAUUGUCUUGUAUUUACUGUUGAGGUCUCUGUGCGCUUUGAAGGCUCUCGUGAGAUGUCACCCUCGACCACAUCUGAGAGUCCAUUAAGCACCGUCUCAUCCCACAGUGGGCAUUACACAUGUAAAACAGAGACAAGCUCUAUUGUUAGCUCCUCAUCAAGAGGAAGUGUGAUCGCUGAGAGAUUCAACCUUGAGAGCCUCUCAUUCUCUUAAAGGCCCAGUGCAUUCAAAACGUGAUUUUCCCAUGUUGACUCCAAUGCUUCCCACAGUUGUGUCAAGUUGGCUGGGUGUCCUUUGGGUGGUGGACCAUUCUUGAUACACACAGGAAACUGUUGAGCGUGAAAAACCCAGCAGCGUUGCAGAUCUUGACAUAAACCGGUGCGCCUGGCACCUACUACCAUGCCCCGUUCAAAGGCACUUAACUAUUUUGUCUUGCCCAUUCACCCUCAGAAUGGCACACACACAAUCCAUAUCUCAAUUGGUUCAAGACUUAAAAAUCCUUAUUUUACCUGUCUCCUCCCCUUCAUCUACACUGAUUGAAGUGGAUUUAACAACUGACAUCAAUAAGGGAUCAUAGCUUUCACCUGGAUUCACCUGAUCAGUCUAUGUCAUGGAAAGAGCAGGUUUUCUUAAUGUUUUGUAUACUCAGUGUAUAUUUCCACACUAUGAGAUUAGAAUAAUACUGUGAAAUUGUGAAAAUGUGAAAAUGAUUAUAAUGUUAUUUUAGUGUUAGAGCUGUUUGAAAGGACCGUGUGAAAUCUCAGCCUCUUUUAGUGGGAUGGAGUUUUGGCCUGCCUGUAAAUUAGUAAAUAGAACAAUAAGAAAAAUAGUUCUAAACCUCUCUGCCAAUAAGAGCUAGUUUUCAGAUUCCCCCUCCCCACUCAGAUCACUCCCAGACAGUCCUAGCAAAAUUCUUGCUUGAUAAAUUGCUCUUUGCUAAGAAGCUAUUUUUGUUUCUUUUGGACUGUUUUAAUUGAAAACAAUCACAGUAAGGUACUUAAUUGUUACCCAGAAAUUAUUUUAUAAUGAGAUAAAAACGGCUGCAUUGGACGUUUAAGUGCAAUGUUUACGUAUGUUUGUGUGCGUUCUGAAUGUCUAAAUCUGCACGUCCCAAGCUACCACAAUAUCUCAUUUGAAGAGACAGGUCUUCACGGUGGUGGCACAGGGCUACUCAUUUCUCCUAAGUGGAGAUUUUCUAUUUUCUCUCACUGGUUCAUCUCCUCAUUUGAAUUCCAUGCUGUCACUGUCACUUGUCCACUAAAGCUUAACAUUGUUGUCAUAUAUCGCCCACCAGGUGCCCUUGGAGAGUUCCUCAAUGAGGUUGACAUCUUGAUAAGCUAAUGUUUACGACGUUGGCUCACCACUCAUCGUACUGGGCGACUUCAACCUCCCAGAUGCCUGACUUUGAUGAAUUUCUUUCCACCUCUUUCUUUCCCACUCCUUUCCUCUUUUGAGCUCAACCUUUCUCAGUCCCCUCCCACUCACAAGGCAAGCAAUGUGCUUGACCUCAUCUUUACUAAAUUCUGUUCACCUACCAAUCUUACUGCAACCCCCCUCCACAUCUCAGUUGUCAAAAUUGUCAAAGACUCCAGCCACCCUAGUCAUAGACUGUUCUCCCUGCUACCGCACGGCAAGCGGUACCGGAGUGCCAAGUCUAGGUCCAAAAGACUUCUCAACAGCUUUUACCCCCAAGCCAUAAGACUCCUGAACAGCUAAUCAUGGCUACCCGGACUAUUUGCACUGCCCCCCCACCCCAUCCUUUUUACGCUGCUGCUACUAUGUUAAUUAUUUAUGCAUAGUCACUUUAACUCUACCCACAUGUACAUAUUACUUCAAUUAUCUCAACUAUGCCCCCGCACAUUGACUCUGCACCGGUACCCCCCUGUAUAUAUAGCCUCCCUACUGUUAUUUUAUUUUACUUCUGCUCUUUUUUUCUCAACACUUUUUUGUUGUUGUUUAAGGGCUGUAAGUAAGCAUUUCACUGUAAUGUUUGCACCUGUUGUAUUCGGCGCAUGUGACCAAUAAAAUUUUAUUUGAUUUUAUUUUAUUUGAUCACUACUUAGUUUCCUUUUCUCUCCCUCUCUCCUCCCAACCCUAUACACUCAGCCCCUACCCAGAUGGUCAUGUACAUCACAAUCUUCAAUGCACCUUGGCAUAGAUUCUACAAGUCUCUGGAACUCUAUUGGAGGAAUGCGUUUUGUUGAUGGUGGUGGAAAACACUGUCUCAGGCACUGCUCCAGAAUCUCCCAUAAGUGUUCAUUUGGGUUGAGAUCUGGUGACUGAGACGGCCAUGGCAUAUGGUUUAUAUAGUUUUCAUGCACAUCAAAUAAUUCAGUGACCACUCAUGCCCUGUGGAUGGGGGCAUUGUCGUCAGCAUUUUUAUAUAUGACCCUAAGCAUGAUGGAAUGUUAAUUGCUUAAUUAACGCAGGAACCACACCUGUGUGGAUGCACCUGUAUUCAAUGUACUUUGUAUCCUUCAUUUACUCAAGUGAUUCCAUUAUUUCGACAGUUAUCUGUACUUUAUUGAGGGAAAAUGUACUUACUACAACUGUGAUAUGUGCUUAUCUCACCUAGCUAAUUAGAUUAAUGCACUAAUUGUAAGUCUCUCUGGAUUAGAGUGUCUGCAAAAUGACUAAAAUGUCAGUGUAAAAUGUUAAAUAACCCAAACACAAAACACUCACUGCUUAAAAUCAAUUUAUCCCAUCGUACAACUGGAUUUACUUCAGCAGAGCAAUCCAACCAAACUGAUAGGGGCUCACUUUCCUUAAAGGAAAAUACCACUCAAAAACUAUCUUGGUAUUUGUUUCAUUAGUCCACUGUUGAUACAGUCCCAAAAUGUUUUGUAUGUCAGCAAUCAAGUUUUCAAGAUAUAGAACUUUCAAAAUACAGAAAGUGUCACAGUAUGAUGUGUUUUGCAUGAUGUUGUUUAGAUGUUCCUUAAAGGAAAAUGUUUAUCUCACAUGUACAGUAAACAGUAAGAACGAAUAAUGUCCUGGUUCCCAUCCACAGAUGUGCCAGAAGAGACCGGUGUCAGAGAGCAGAGGAGCCCUUCCGGUUCGCAACUGAUAUCGAACUUUGUGUGAAAGUUAUCGCUCACCCAGACAGCAUUGCCGUGUCAGCACACAGUGUGCCUGUGAGUCAACUAUUAACAGUACAAUCUUUACUUCUGAUCAAACUGAUUCUUACAUGUUCUGAGUCUUGAUGGUGGGAAGAAGUCCUCAGUGUUUCAUGAUAGACCAGACUGUUCCAACCCAGCUAUCUCUCUCUGCUCCUCUCCUAUAGCUCCUGCUGGAAGUCAGCAAUGUGCCUGACCUCUCGACUGGGAUCACCUGUUUAUUUGGAGAGCAGGCCGAGGUGGAGGGCCAUGUCAACGGCAACAGAGUCACGUGCCUGUCCCCGUCUGGCAAAGAGGUCCCACACAUACCUGAAGGACAAGGUGACAAAAUAUAUAGCUCCAACAUAGGACGUAUUGCUCUGUGUUCCUCAGUGAUACAGAUGUGACUCUUUUACAGAGGACCAGCAGUCUGAAUAAAGCCAACUACCCCCCCCCCCCCCCCCCCCCCCCCCCCCAUUUUCUCCAUCAGACUGGUUGGGUGUGGCGCUGCGUCUGAACUCUAAGGAGACAGGUCAAAUGCUGGGCAGUACAGAGGUCAAGUUCUAUAACUGCAGCAUGCAUCACACGUGAGUUCAUCUACCGGCCCACACAUUAUCUGAUCCAUUCAAAAGAUAGUAUUGCACAACCUCAUUUAGGACAUUAAUGCAUGCAACCCCACUUAAGAUCAGGCAGACAGGUAACCCAUAAGUUCAAAUGACCCAUCCAUUUUGAUAUAGGUGAACCUAAGGCAGUUAGCCACGCAUUGUUAGCGUGUUUCUAGACUGGUGUUUCUAGACUGGUUCCCUGAGGAACAAUGUACAUACUGAGUAGUACGAGUACAUACAUCUAAACAUAGCUCCCUGACCGCUACCUUCAGGUCCACUUUAACAGAAAUACAGUCCAAAGCCCCAUCACAUCUGUUUGAUCAAAAUGAGGUGUCCAUUAGCAGCUAGCGACUGUCUCUGGUCUACAGUGUGAUUCAUAUUUCAGUCUAAACAGCCUCCCCCUCCCCCCUCUGCCUCACACAGCACAGCAGCAUCACAUCAGCAUCACAUCCGCCUCCAUAAUUAAUUAUCCUGUGUCUGAAAGGGCCUGGCAGGCCAGUUCUAUGCAUACAGAGCUGUUACAGAACAUACUGACUUACUGUGUGUUGGUGCUUAAUACUGCUCUCUCUGCAACACUGUUGUAUUAACAGUAUGUGUUAGUGGUACAAUGUUGAGGAAACAGCCUAACUCUGUGAACUCCAUGAACUGUAUAAUAUACAGUGUACUGUAUAUUGGAUGGAUCGUUAGGAACUUCUGUUCCCUAAGAGCAUGUGUUUAGCCACAGAGUAUCUAGAAGCAUUGGGAUGUCUGUUGGCUGGUUGGUCAUAUGAUGUGUGUAACAUGUCCAUUUGUCCCUCUCCUUGCACUGCAGGUGUCUGUCCUGUGUGAACAGUACCUUCCGCUGCCACUGGUGUAAAUAUCGCAACCUGUGUACCCACAACCCCUCCAGUUGCUCCUUUCAGGAGGGCCGGGUCAACGCCUCAGAGGUAGCUACAUGGCUACUGAUAAACAUACACCAGAUUAACAGUAUUUUCCGGUAUAAUGCACAUUAACCCAUGUUUCAUUAACCCAUAUUUACAUAACAUGUUAGUCUUUAGGCAAUCUAUCUUUAUAAUUUAAUAGACCUCGAUAGACCCCUGCUGAGGUCGUCUGACCUUUGACUCUUGCAAUAUGUUCUCUAGGACUGCCCUCAGCUGCUGCACUCUGGGGAGAUCCUGAUCCCAGCAGGGGAGGUGAGACCCAUCACCCUGAGGGCCCGGAACCUUCCACAGCCCCAGUCUGGCCAGCGGGGGUACGAGUGUGUGCUCCACGUCCAGGGAACCAACCACCGUGUCACUGCCCUGCGCUUCAACAGCUCCAGCGUGCAGUGCCAGAACAGCUCGGUGCGUACUGUGACUGCGUGACCCUCUCUAACACUCCCCCUGGGACCAGCCUCAGCCUGGCUGUGUAUUAUCCAGGUCGAUUAUCUGUAGUCUAGUGAAUUACGUCUGAGCUAGUCUCUGAGAGCAAUCUGCAUCUGAUCUCAUCCCACUGAGAUGAGUUCAGUCAUGCCGUGUCUUGAUCAAAUAAGAAGUAGGUUGUCUGCAGUGGAAUAAAUAAAACAUUUAAUGUCUGUCUGAAACCGAACAUGUCAGUGUCAUUCAAACAUACAUCUAGGUCCGUGUAAUAGGGACAUAAUAGGUUAACAUCUCAGAUAGUUGACAGUGAGGAUGAGUGGCAGACAGUGCUGCAUAGACUACAUGACAAACAAUCAAUUUUUAAUGCAUCUAUUCCUCACUCUCUUAUCUCAUGUCCAGUGAAAGCCCAUUUUCCUCAGCUCUAGAUGAACAGCCUCUCCAGUCCCCGCAGAGUCCUGUCCCAAUAUGGCCAUGCACAGCAGAGAGGAGCAGACAGCAAUGAUAGAAAUGACAGGUGGUUAAAAGCCUCAUCUCUCUCUCUCUCCCUCUCACAUCCCUCUCUCUCUCCCUCUCCCACCCCUCUUUCUCUCUCGCUCUCUCCCUACCUCUCUCUCUCCGGCAGUACAUCUAUGAGGGUGUGAAGAUCAGUGACCUGGCAGUGGACCUCUCCAUCAUUUGGAAUGGCAAUUUCAUAAUCGACAAUCCAGAUAAGAUUAAAGGUGCCUCUGCCAUCCAUCACUGUCUGCCAUUGCUGAGGAGUGGAAAGCUCUCACUCUGUGGGAUGGAUGGGGUUUAGCCCACGCCAAGGCUUUCACUCGGCCUUGGGAGAACGUUAAUAUGGCACUCUCUACUGUGUUAUUAGUCCUAGCCAAUCAUCUGGGCUGUGAGGGUGAACUUUUGUGUUUACCAUUUUGGUUUCUCACUGACUGUUAGAGCUCUCCAUUAUCCUGCUUGAGUGUGUAUUUGGUUGUAGAAUAGUGCCAUUCAAUAUCUAAAUACUGUCAAAUAUACACUGAGUGUACGAAACACUAGGAACAUCUGCUCUUUCCAUGACAUAGACUGACCAGGUGAAUCCAGGUGAAAGCUAUGAUCCCAUGUUGAUGUCAUUUGUUAAAUCCACAUCAAUCAGUGUAGAUGAAGGGGAGGAGACAGGUUAAAUAAGAUUUGUUUAGCCUUGAGACAAUUGAGACAUGGAUUGUGUAUGUGUGCCAUUCAGAGGGUGAAUGGGCAAGAGAAAAUAUUUAAAUGCCUUUGAACAGGGUAUGGUAGUAGGUGCCAGGUGCACUGGUUUGAGUGUGUCAAGAACUGCAACGCUGCUGGGUUUUUCACGUUCAACAGUUUCCUGUGUAUAUCAAGGAUGGUCCACCACCCAAAGGACAUCCAUCCAACUUGACACAACUGUGGAAACCAUUGGAGUCAACAUGGGCCAGCGUCCCUGUGGAAUGCUAUAGACACCUUGUAGAGUCCAUGCCCCGACGAAUUGAGGCCGUUUUGAGGGCAAAAGGAGGUGCAACUCAAUAUUAGGAAGGUGUUCCUGAUGUUCUGUACACUCAGUGUACAAGCAUUGAAUGUAAUUCAACUGCAGUCCUCCCGUAUUCCACAGUGCACCUGUAUAAGUGUGGUGCCCAGCGGGACAGCUGUGGCAUGUGUCUGCGGGCUGAAAGGAAGUUCCAGUGUGGCUGGUGCAGUGGAGAAGGCCGUUGCACCAUGAGGCAGCACUGCCCACCCAUCAGCCCCUACGCCAGCCGCUGGCUCGACCUGUCCACCAGGAACGUUAAGUGUACCAACCCACGCAUAACUGAGGUUAGUCAGUCAGACCCUUAUCUGUUACAACUAACCCCUACUUUAAGCGUCACCAUUAUCCAUCAUUUGGCCUUAGUGACAAGAGGCCUUCUCAGAAAUAACCAGUAAAAACCAUUGAGAUCAGUCCUUAGACAUGAGCAAGACCGGUGGUAACUUGUGGAAUAGACACUGGCUGGAAUGCGGUUUUAACCAAUCAGCAUCGAGGACUAGACCCACCCGUCGUAUAAAUAAGACUAUAUCAGACAUACAGCUUGUGCCAAAUUAAUGCAACCUUAAGCUAUGCCCUUUGCAUCCAAUUUUGUGCAUGGCAAUGAGUGUUUUUGGCCCCAACACACUGUUAAUUUUUUUGAAUGAGAGACACACAGUAGGUCAGACAGCCACAGACAAUUACUGCUCCAACUUCAAAGAGCCAUGAGCCUUUGAAGUCCCUGUCACAUGAUUAGUGUUUCAGUGGCAGUCUGGGAGUGAAUUGAUAAAGAACUGGGCUGCUACUGCCUGCUGCUGGGAACUGGAAGAGCACUGCUCAACAGGCCUGAAGGCUCUUUGUGUGGUCAAGCCAUUUUAGAUAGAGCUUCUGCAUAGUUGUCUUUGGGCAUAGUGAUGCAAUGCAUUAAUCUGUUGUCAUGUAUUGAAAAUAUUACAAUACUUGUGUGCUGCCACCAUAAAUCUGUCCCUUCUCCAUGUCCACCUCUCCUUCCUGUAGGUGAGCCCAGUGGCAGGGCCUCCAGAGGGGGGAACACUGGUCACCAUCCAGGGCCUGAACCUGGGCCUGUCCUUCUCUGAGCUGGUGGGCAACGUGGAGGUGGCAGGGGUACAGUGUACCCCACAGGAAGAGGGCUACAUCACUGCAGAACAGUAAGAACCAAAAUGCACAGAAGCACCCAGACCCCCACCCUAACCUUAACUCCAAAACCCCCACCCUAAACCUAACCCUAGCUCCUAACCCUAACCCUAAAACUAACCCUAGCUUCUAACCCUAAACCUAAUUCUAACCCUACCACUAAUUCUAACCUUAACCCUAACCCCCCUAGAAAUUGCAUUAGACCUUGUGGGGACUAACAAAAUGUCCCCAGUUGGUCAAAUAUUUGUUUGUUUACUAUUCUUGUGGAGACUUCUGGUCCCCACAAGUAUAGUUAAACACCUCCCACACACACACACACACACACACACACACACACACACACACACACACACACACACACACACACACACACACACACACACACACUAUAACUAAUGAUGAACAUAAAGAUAAACAAGUUGCAGCAGGCUUUCUUUAGUGUGCUGAGGAGUAGAGAGCAGAGUUGUUUUGUGUGCCGUCGUGAGGCUGACGGCACUGCUGUAAUUGAAAUGCGCUGCAUGUCACUGACUGCAGAGACAAUCUGUUAGCCAUGUGUUUCUCUCACAGCCAUAUAAUUCGAUUGAGCCAUGGAUGAAGGGACCUUAUUUAUAUCCUUGUAUAAAAAAGGAACAUGCCAGCAGAAAAACUGAAAACUCUCAUGACAACAGAGGGUGGAGAGAAGAGGAUUCAUUGGGUCCUGUCGUCAGGGUGAAAGGUUUAUCUCUAAUACUUAGCAAUACUUUUCUGUGACUAUUCAUUUAGGCCCCACACAGUGCUUUAAAACAUGGCAUUACAAACAUAAAUGUUAUUGUAGGUCAGUUUUUAUAAUGACUUAUUCAUUGCAUACUACAUUAUCUUAUUGACCUGACAGGCUAACUGAUUUAUCGAGAACACACUGUUGCCAUGGUGAUGGAGGUAAUGGUGGGUGGUGGAUGUGGUGUAGUUUAUUAUUGCUGUUAUAUUGGUGCUAUUGGUUUUUCAUUAGGAAGAAAGAUGGCCCUCCAUAUUGACCUACCACUACUAUGAAAGUCUGCUUCAAUCACAUUGUAUGGAGACCAACAGAAAACAGCACUUUUUCUUCAAUUGAAAACCGUGUACAGCACAGUAAUCUCUCUCUUCUCUCUCUCUCUCUCUCUCUCUCUCUCUCCUCUCCUCUCUCUCAUCUCUCCUCUCUCUCUCUCUCUCUCUCUCCUCUCUCUCUCUCUCUCUCUCUCCGUUCAUCUCCUCUCCUCUCUUCCUCUUCUCUUCCUCUCUCUCUCUCCUAUCUCUCUCUUCUUCUCGUCUCUCUCUCUCUCGUCCCGUCUCUCGUCCAGGAACCCUCUCUUCCACUCUCUGUCGUCUCUCCCUCUCUGUGAUAUAUCUCGGUCUCCUCUGGUCUCUCGUCAUUCAUCUCUCGUUUCAUCACUCUCUCGCUCUCCUCUCUCUCGCUGCUCUCUCGCUCUCUCUCCUCGUCUCGUUCUCAUCGGUUCUCUCUCCUCUACUCUCGUCUCUCAUCUCCUCUCUUCCUCUCUCUUGUAUCGUCUCUCUCUCUCAUCGUACUCUGCUCGUCCUCUCAUGUUCUCUCCUCUCUCUCUCCUCAUCUCUCUCAGUCUCUCUCAUCUCUGUCGUAUCUCUCUUCUCUCUUCCUCUCUCUCUCUCUUCUCUCUCUCCUCUCUUCUCUCUCUCCUCUCUCUCUCUGUGUGUGUGUGUGUCCUGACAGGAUUGUGUGUAAAAUGGCCUCUACGCCUCAGGGAAGUGCACCUGGUCCAGUCCAUCUGUGUGUUGGUGAAUGUAGACCAGAACUAAAAACUCAGUCCUCCCAGCUCUACUCCUUUGAGGUUUGAUCUGCAUCUUGAACCAUACAUAGAACACAUCUCUCUACUACAGUAUUAUUGCUCUGGAACAGUUUGUUCUCACACACUAUCAUAAUUUAUGAGUCAUCAACAAAAAGUCCACAAAGUAGCCAGCCAUGUGGAGUAUUGAGAAAAUGCUCUUUUCACAGACCCCUACCAUGGUGGGACUUACCCCUGGCCGAGGGCCUGAGUCCGGGGGCACUAAAGUCACCAUCGUGGGGGAGAACCUGGGUGCUGGGAGCAGUGUGAACGUUACCUUUGGAAACCAGACUUGUGAGCUGUACAGGUGAGUUAACAGGAACAGACCAACAGAGAACCCUUAUAUAAAAGUGGGGACUUGAUUAAUGUGCCUGUGGAAAGGCUGAGAGCCAGGACAGUGCAUUGUUUUCUACUCUUAUUUUUAGAGAUCUAUUUAAAGAUCAAAAAGGCCCUCAUUGUGAGACUCAGGAGGGUGAAGAAAAGGCACCAUUAGAAAUCCUCUAAUUACCACGUUUAAUCUCUAACGUGUCUCUAACGAAUGCUCACCUGCCCUGCAUGGUAAUGUGCGUAACUCACUGUAGUAGAGUUAAGAUUCUCACCACGGUAAAGAGCAGUUACAGACAGAAUUGAACCCUGUUGGUAUUCCUUGUUGGUUUUCCCAGGCGGAGCAUGUUGGAGAUCGUGUGUUUCUCGGCACCCUCUGUGACGGGCGCCGCCCUUGUGCAGGUCAGCCUCAGUGUGGAUCUGGCCAAGGUGCCAGGAACCCUGGGCUUUGAGUACAUCGAGGAUCCCACAGUCCAGCGCAUCGAGCCAGAGUGGAGCAUCACUAGGUACAACAAACCUCCCAGCUAAGACAUUGUGUGUGCAAUCUGAUAUUUUAUAGCAUGGCUUCCUAUUUAUGUUCCUCCCCCCCAUUUGGUUCAGCUGUAUAUUACUGAGGGAUAAGGUGACCUUCCAGUCACAUAUUAUGCAUGAUGGUUGGUGCAGGGCUGUAUGUGGCUUGAGGACACAGAGACAGCCAGCCAGGGAGAAGUGGUGCAGUGUCGUGGCUACUGGCUUUCUACUCUGUCAACUGACAGGGGAUUUCACAGACUUAUAAUCAAAGUACCAUCGUCUCAUCAUCUGUGUGCAGUCACACCAUGUGCCCACCUAGGCUUAGGUAUCCUUUGAAGUGUGGGAAUGAUUGGAUUUAGUUUCUCUCUUCUCUUCAGGUGGGUCUCUAUUCCCACACUCUCAAACAAUUUCGGAGCUCUACAUGAUGCAUGAUAUCGCGGCUAGUUUGUUUAUGUUAAUGACAUCUACGUACAUGUGGCACAAUCAUGUAGCAUUCAUGAAAUGCUAGCCUUGGAUACCUGAUAGAUUAAUAAAUAGGAAGCCAGCUGGCAGAACCGUUCCAUCUGGCUCUAUCUGGCCAGAACAAUUAGAUGUUUUCCUGGUACCAAAGAUGCAUUUAUGCUGAAAAGCACAAUUCAAUGCAAAUCAGGUGCUGUUAAUAACGACAGGAAGUAGAGUUUAUCUUGGCUCACCUAUUCAGAGGCCGAUAUGGAUGUGUAUAUUGGUGUAUGUGUUGUGUUUCAUAGUGGACACACUACCCUGAUGGUGACCGGGACCAACCUGGAUGUGGUGCAGGAGCCGAGGGUCAGGGUGAAGUACGCCGGCCACGAGUCUGUCAACGUGAGUCUGUCCACUGAUAACAUAGUAGGAUAUCUCUGUCCCCUGUCCAGUAUCUUGUAUAGUACUGAGAAAUGGUGGCCAUUUUAUAAUUGUAAUUUCAAAAUUCUUGACAAGUAUUUCUCUUUGCUUGUCUGUCCCUGGAUCUCUUCCCAGGUGUGUAAGGUGCUUAACACCACCACGAUAAUCUGCUUCGCUCCGUCCCUGAAGGCAGAGGACACACUGGAGCAGGAGUCAGUGAAACACGUGGAGGAGUUUGGUUUUGUCUUCAACAACGUGCAAGCCCUGCUCACCUACAACAGCACAAGCUUCAUCUACUACCCCAACCCUUACCUGGAGCCCCUCAGCUUGUCUGGGGUGCUGGAGCAGAAACCUGGCUCCCCCAUCAUACUCAAGGUGGGACAGCCCAGCCAAGCCUAUGGCAGCCCAUAACCGUAGCACUAUUGUCAUUAGAUGAUGAGUUCUAUCUACUGACCUGACGGAUGUGGGGUUUCCCUCUCUGUGUUGCAGGGGCGUAACCUGGUGCCCUCGGCAUCUGGAGGGGCCAGGCUGAACUACACCGUGCUGAUCGGGGACACACCCUGCUCCCUCACCGUCUCUGACACACAGCUCCUCUGUGAGCCGCCAAACCUCACAGGCCAGCACAAAGUCCUGGUCAGUCUGUCAUUCUGUCUGUCUGUCUAAGUCCAGGUCUAGAUAAACUAUUAAGUCAAAUGCAGUUUGGCCAAGGUCAAACAAUGUAUAAAAGGAAACUAUUGUUCAGUAUGGUUCCCCUAUCUGUUACAGUCUAUUUGAUUUAUGGCCUUUGUACACGUGUGUUUAUGGUUUAUUGCCUAUGUAUAGGUCCAGGUGGGUGGUCUCCACAUCUCUCCUGGUGCAGUCCACAUCCGCUCAGACAGCCUGCUCACCCUGCCUGCCGUAUUCAGCAUCACGGCUGGAGGUGGCCUGCUGCUCAUCAUCGUCUUCAUCGUCCUAUUGGCCUACAGACGCAAGUCACAAGAGAAUGACCUCACUCUCAAACGCCUGCAGAUGCAGAUGGACAACCUGGAGUCCCGGGUGGCUCUGGAGUGCAAGGAAGGUGAGACUGACCAGCACAUUAUCAGACAAUCUUAACUGAGAGAAAUAUAAUGCUGAUAACUCACAAAACUCUUGAAUAUGGACUAAAUUCCUCCAAUCAUUCUCUUUCUCUGUAAUUGUACCCAGCGUUCGCUGAGCUGCAGACUGACAUCAAUGAGCUGACCAGUGACCUGGACAGGGCUGGGAUCCCCCAUCUGGACUACCGUACCUAUACCAUGAGGGUCCUCUUCCCUGGCAUCGAUGACCAUCCUGUACUCAGGGAGCUGGAGGUAACCAACCAUUACCACCAUGACAAACCUGGCCACACCUGUCCCCUUGUCAUCUACUGUAACUGUAAAUGAUUUGUAGAAUCAGAAUUUCUAACCAACACAACCAAUUUUCCAUACAUAGACAAACCAUUUUACAAUUGUGAGACAAAACGGAUUAAAAGCCCGACGCAAGAUCCCUCUACUCUCUAACUGAGGGUUCUGUGUGUGUCUCUGUGUGUGUAGGUGUCUGGAAGUGGGCAGCAUGGUAUGGAGAAGGCCCUGAAGCAGUUUGCCCAGCUGGUGAAUACUGGUUGUUCCUGCGACCUUUAUCCGUACUUUGGUAGCUCCAGCCAGCUCCUUCUCAAUUGUCGUGACCGCGGUACGUGGCCUCUUGCUCUAUCAUGACUGCGCUGCCGGGCCGUCUGGAGUACGCCACCUUUGACGUGCUCAAACACCUCCUCGUGUUGACCUCAUCGAGCGCACCUGGAGAGCAAGAACCACCCCAAACUUCUGCCUGCUGCGCAGGUACAGAAUGAUAACGCUAAGGGCAGACUGGUGGGGUGGUGGGGGGGGGGGGGAAAGAUCAUUAUGGAGUCAGUGACAAGCUAUAGAGAGAGAGAGCGGGGGGGAGUGGAGAGAGAGAGAGAGCGAGUAGAGAGAGUGAAGUGAGAGAGAGAGCUCUCGCUCGCUCUCUCGCUCGCUCUCUCUCUCUCUCUCUCUCUCUCUCCCUCUCUUCCUCUCUCUCUCUGCUCUCUCUCUCUCUCUUCUCUCUCUCGUUUCUCUCUUCUCGUUGCUUCUUCUUCCUCUGCUCUGCCUCUCUUUCCUCCUAUUCUGCCUCUCUCUCUCUGCUCUCUCUCUCGCUCUCUCUCUAUUUUCUCUCUGACCUCUUCGCUAUCUCGACUUCUCGUCAGUCUGUGCCUUCUUCCCUCACGGCAUUCUUUCGCACCAGCCCCCCUUUGUCAUGUCUGACUUAUCCUCUGUGUGCCACUCAUGAAACAUUCAGCUGUAGCUCACGUUUCCCUCCCCUCCACCUUGCUUUCUUCUGCACAUUGUCAUCCCAGGACUGGGAGAAGCCUGCUAAAUUUUUCAUAGGAUUUUUUGGGGAGCACUAAGUCUGAGACACACUCAUUAAAUAUAGGGAUGAGUUAACAUGGGAGGCAGCAAGGCUGACCUUGUUAGCCCAAACAUUCUGCACUCAUGAAAAGACAAUGAAAUGCAGGCAAUGAGAAAGAAGUGACAGCCAGGUAUAUACAGUGCAAUGAAAAAGUAUUUGCCCCCUUUCUAAUUUUCUCUACUUUUGCAUAUUUGUGAUACUGAAUGUUAUCAGAUCUUCAACCAAAACCUAAUAUUAGAUAAAGGGACCAUAAGUGAACAAAUAACACAACAAUUACAUAUUUAUUUCAUAAACAAAGUUACGCAACACCCAAUUCCCCUGUGUGAAAAAGUAAUUGCCCCCUUACACUCAAUAACUGGUUGUGCCACCUUUAGCUGCAAUGACUCCAACCAAAUGCUUCCUGUAGUUGUUGUUCAGUCUCUCACGUCGCUGUGGAGGAAUUUUGGCCCACUCUUCCAUGCAGAUCUGCUUUAACUCAGUGACGUGUGGGUUUUCAAGCAUGAACUGCUCGUUUCAAGUCCUGCCACAACAUCUCAAUUGGGAUUAGGUCUGGACUUUGACUAGGCCAUUCCAAAACUUCCAAUUUGUUGCUUUUUAGCAAUUUUCAUGUAGACUUGAUUGUGUGUUUUGGAUCAUUGUCUUGCUGCAUGACCCAGCUGCGCUUCAGCUUCAGCUCACAGACGGAUGGUCUGACAUUCUCCUGUAGAAUUCUCUGAUACAGAGCAGAAUUCAUGGUUCCUUCUAUUAAGGCAAGUCGCACAGGUCCUGAGGCAGCAAAACAUCCCCAAACCAUCACACCACCACCACCAUGCUUGACCUUUGGUAUGAUGUUCUUACUGUGGAAUGUAGUGUUUGGUUUUCGCCAGGCAUAAUGGGAUCCAUCUCAUCCAAAAAGUUGACUCAAGUUUGCCAAAAAGCUCCUGGAUGAUCAUCAAGACUCUUGGAAGAAUGUUCUAUGGACAGAUGAUUCAAAAGUAUAACUUUUUGGACGACAUGGUUCCAGUAAUGCCUGGCGAAAACCAAACACUGCAUUCCACAGUAAGAACAUCAUACCAAAGGUCAAGCAUGGUGGUGGUGGUGUGAUGGUUUGGGGAUGCUUUGCUGCCUCAGGACCUGGACGACUUGCCUUAAUAGAAGGAGCAAUGAAUUCUGCUCUGUAUCAGAGAAUUCUACAGGAGAAUGUCAGACCAUCCGUCUGUGAGCUGAAGCUGAAGCGCAGCUGGGUCAUGCAGCAAGACAAUGAUCCAAAACACACAAUCAAGUCUACAUGAAAAUUGCUAAAAAGCAACAAAUUGGAAGUUUUGGAAUGGCCUAGUCAAAGUCCAGACCUAAUCCCAAUUGAGAUGUUGUGGCAGGACUUGAAACGAGCAGUUCAUGCUUGAAAACCCACACGUCACUGAGUUAAAGCAGUUCUGCAUGGAAGAGUGGGCCAAAAUUCCUCCACAGCGACGUGAGAGACUGAGCAACAACUACAGGAAGCAUUUGGUUGGAGUCAUUGCAGCUAAAGGUGGCACAACCAGUUAUUGAGUGUAAGGGGGCAAUUACUUUUUCACACAGGGGAAUUGGGUGUUGCGUAACUUUGAUUAUGAAAUAAAUAUGUAAUUGUUGUGUUAUUUGUUCACUUAUGUUCCCUUUAUCUAAUAUUAGGUUUUGGUUGAAGAUCUGAUAACAUUCAGUAUCACAAAUAUGCAAAAGUAGAGAAAAUUAGAAAGGGGGCAAAUACUUUUUCAUAGCACUGUAAGUAUGAUGGAGACAGCAUGAGCAGGAGAAAGAGAUGAGCAAGUUAGGAGGCUGCAAUGCAGAUGUAGGGUUAACUCUAAAGGGAGGCAAAGGGCUAAUAUUUAACAGUUAUCUUUGAAGUUGGAUUGUUUUAUCAGAUAGAACAUACAAGUAUGUUUUUAGUGUGUUAUUUGUCUAUUGAUAUAUAAUAAAUCACUUCAUCUUGCCCACACAGUGUUUGAUGAUUGGAUGAGUGCUGCUGACACAGUGAAAGGACACAAAGUAGCUUUUGCACAAUUAUGUCAUGACCCAAAUAGGUUAUGUUCUAUAGCAGCAGCACUCAGGUUCUGGUGUGUUAUUCCUCUGAGACCAUGCAGAGCAGCAUGUUACUUUUACAUAAACAUUGGGUUUUCUACCUCUUAAGCAUUUUCUCUACCUACAUGUAUAUGGUCAGACCAAUCUACCUUUACACAUCUACCUGGUAAAAUGUAUCCAUCUGUUCCUUUCUUGCAGAACUGAGUCAGUUGCAGAGAAGAUGCUGACAAAUUGGUUUGCCUUCCUACUUCACAAAUUCCUUAAGGUAAUAUCAAUGACUUGGAACCUUAUCACUGCAGAUGUCAGCUUGAUGUAUUACUGCAAUCCUCUAAUGAUUGUUAUUGAUUAUACACCAGAUGGAUUUCUAUGUGCGUUGGGAUUACACUUGUGUCCCAUGGUGUGUGAUAUGAAUAUGUUUUAUGAACAAUGUAGAGCGAUAAUGUUCACCUCAGAGGUCAAGCAUGUCUUAUUGGUCUCUACAAAUCAACGCUAAGCAACCUGGAGUUUAUUAGAGUUGAUGACUCAUGCUCUGUUCUCUGAAUCCCAGUCAUAUGGGGGUGAAUAGCUCAUAGGCAUGUCUCCCCUCUCCUUCCUCUCUCAAUCCUCUCCUCUCUCAUCCUCCUUUCCUCCCUGGACAAAGGAGUGUGCAGGUGAGCCUCUCUUCAUGCUCUACUGUGCCAUAAAGCAGCAAAUGGAGAAGGGGCCUAUAGACUGCAUCACCGGGGAGGCUCGCUACUCCCUCAGUGAAGACAAACUCAUCCGCCAGCAGAUUGAAUACAAGACACUGGUGAGUCAACAUUUCUUAGUUACCACCAUGAUGGUGGAAGGCUUGCCUACACCACAGUUGGUAGGCAACAUGCUGUGCUCUGUAAAUAUGAACUCAUGGUGCCCUUAUGUCAAACUGCUGAAUAAGAGAUAAUUAAUUUGCUUGAUAAUAAAACGGUAAAGAACCAAAAGAGCCAAAUAAUAUUUUACAUGCUUUUCAGUGACACAAUUAGCUAAGAAUUAAACAAGAUUAUCUAACCAAGACCACACAGUCCCAGUUUUUGCUUGGCUACUGGGGAAAAUUGUCUGUAGCUAAAGCAGAAGUUGAAUGCAGCAGCAGCAGCAGUGUGCCUCAUCCCCCAGGCCUUAGCCUGAGAGCAGCCCAGUGACAAGAUGACACCUCUCUGAUCGCCCUGUCGGAGAGGUUGUGUUUCAUUACCCAUUUAGUGCCCUGCUGGAGCUGGCAACCCGGCAUCCAGCUGAAAGUGUGAAAUUACAUUUCUGGCCAAAGCUGUGAGAGAGAUGGCACACAAGGAGAGGAGAGCCUCCUCCAUGCAGCCAUUAGACUAGUGUAGAGAAAGGGACAGUGGGUAGUGAUGACAGCUCUCUCUCUCUCUCUCUGGUCCCUCCUAAGACUCUGAGCUGUGUGAACCCAGACAACGAGAACAGCCCUGAGAUCCCUGUCAAGGCGCUCAACUGUGACACCAUCACCCAGGUGAAGGAGAAGAUCCUGGAUGCUGUCUGUAGGAACAUGCACUUCUCCCAGAGGCCCCGCGCUGCAGACAUGGACCUAGGUGAGACAGACUGGCUCCAGUCGGAAUUAAUGGAUGACUUACAAUAACUGAUAUUGAGAUAAACAAGUGAUUAUACACUGUCUGCUUGUUUGACUUAUUGAGGGACUCAUAGAUGCACCCCUGUGUUUAUAUCCCCAACAGAAUGGCGCCAGGGGAGGACGGCACGUGUGGUCCUGCAGGAUGAAGACAUCACCACUAAGAUUGAAGGCGACUGGAAGAGACUCAACACCCUCAUGCACUACCAGGUCAACCCACUCACUCCCCAAUCCCCAUCACACAGUUCACUAACAUGAAUGUACAGUAUGUUGUACUCACUGCUGCCUCUGGCCAAGUAAACCAAACUGAUCCACCUCUUUCAUCUCCUGUAUGAGUCACCUGCUUCCUCCUACAGGUAAAUCAUGGGGGGUGUUCAUAGCAGCUCCAAAUAGAGCACUAGUGUAAACACAUUACAGUCAAUCUCACUCUGCACUCACAAAUGCUCUGACUCUCCAGCUGGGGUGUAAAACAUGUUUGCAUGAAGCCAAGAGACAAAUACAUUCAGCCUUGGCUGCCACACCAGGAGGAAGGUUUGAAAGAGGCAUAAUGUGUUGAUAAAAUCUAUCAAGGAAAUGAACAAUUUUCCUCAAUUACUUUUAGUCUCUCUGGUGCGUACCUGGUUCUGUGUGACAGCUGAGACUGCAAAGCAGCAGCAGCAGUGAAUUCUGCUCAUGUUGGAAGCCUGCUUUACUGCAAAAGGCAUGCACAUAGCAUAAGUGAGCAGACUCUAUAGGACAUUUCUCAGCAUGUAAUGGAUAUCACACAAAGGAACAUCCAUGACAUUUAUAGCAUAGCAACCGAUAUCUAAAAAAUAGUCGUUGCUAGAUUGGGUCUAACGUUCAAGCAUCACUGCAAAUGCAUGUUUUAUUUCACAAACUGUAUUAUCAAGUUCCUUAUAUAUCUCAAAUUGUACAUUUAAUAACUCCUAUAGGUCUCAUCGGGCUGGAUUCAUCACAUCAAUGUCAUGUUUCUGUGGAAAUCAUUCUGACCCAAUAAUGUUGAUUUGGGAGUGGGUCAAACUGACAUGAACCCUUGUGUUUCUCCUAUGAAUCCUGCAGGUGUCAGACCGCUGUGUGGUGGCCCUGGUGCCCAAGCAGAUGUCCUCUUACAACCUGCCCUCCUCAGCCAGCUUCCCACGCAGCAUUAGCCGAUACGGUCAGUCAGUCAGUCAGGCCUGCCCUGGAGCCACUAUCACCACCAAACCACUCAAUUACCUAUUCAUUAUUCUACCUAAUCUACUGAUGUUCCUGCUCAUGUUUUGUGACCAUCCGCCUGUGACCCUCUCUCUGUCUCUGCAGAUGUACCGUUCCGCUCCACCCCCACCAGCCCUGACAGCCCUCACUCCCGUGUGCCAAUGCUCACCCCGGACAUGGAGAGCGGGAUGAAGGUGUGGCACCUGGUCAAGAACCACGACCACGGGGACCAGAAGGAGGGCGAGCGCGGCUCCAAGAUGGUGUCAGAGAUCUACCUGACCAGGCUACUGGCUACUAAGGUAUUACCUCACCCUCCCCCAGAGCAUCUUAGCAAUUACAGAUUCAGUAAGUAUGUUCCAAUGCUAUGGUGUGCUUUUAACAUUGCUGUGGUGUUUUUGUCAGGGUACGCUGCAGAAGUUUGUGGAUGACCUGUUUGAGACUUUGUUCAGCACUGUGUGCUGGGGCAGUGCUCUGCCACUCGCCAUCAAGUACAUGUUUGACUUCCUGGACGAGCAGGCUGACAAGCAUGGCAUCCAUGACAUGGACGUUCGCCACACAUGGAAAAGCAAUUGGUGAGGGAGUGCAGAUUUAAUGUGCUACUUGAAAGCAAUAGCACAAAAUAAUGAAUUUAUACUGAUUGUCUUAAUGUAUAGAUUGUCUAGAAACGGUUAUUUAUUGUCCUCUCUCUGCCCCAGCCUGCCUCUGCGCUUCUGGGUGAAUGUGAUCAAGAACCCCCAGUUUGUGUUUGACAUCCAUAAGAGCAGCAUCACAGAUGCCUGUCUGUCUGUGGUGGCACAGACCUUCAUGGACUCCUGCUCUACCUCAGAGCAUCGCCUGGGCAAGGACUCACCCUCCACCAAGCUACUCUACGCCAAGGACAUCCCCCACUACAAGAGCUGGGUGGAGAGGUGAGAUGUGUGUGUUAGUUACAUCACUGCGAUAUUAUUAAUGGAUGAUUAGUUAUUAUUUUCCACUGAAAUGACUGAGGAAGACAUACUUUAUUAGUCAGACUACCUUUAUAGCUUACAGUCACACGUGGGCUGACAGAACAGCUCUAACCCCCAGGCUUGAUGGCUGCUGACAGUACAGUGUGUGUCUUUGUCUCCCUCUAGGUACUACGCGGACAUAAACCGCUUGCCUGCCAUCAGCGACCAGGACAUGAAUGCCUACCUGGCCGAGCAGGCCCGCCUUCACUCCAAUGAGUUCAAUGUGCUGAGUGCCCUCCACGAGAUCUACGCCUACGUCAGCAAGUACAGCCAAGAGGUGAGGCCCUACACCUCAAUAUCUUUACAAAUUAAAGUAGGGGACCAGGGUGGCAUCCAAAACAUAGGCAUCUAGAUUCAAACUAUUAUUAAAGUAUCCCUUAGCCUGUCUAUGUGUAGUAACAGGAGGGAAUGUGCAGCAUAAAGUACAGUAACCUUGUGUUUCCCUGCAUGCUUUGAUGAUUUCAUGUCUGUCUUGUAUAUGUGUGUGUGUCAGAUCAUUGAGGCCCUGGAGCAGGAUGAGCAGGCCCAGAAGCAACGGCUGGCCUACAAGGUGGAGCAGAUCAUCGCAGCCAUGUCUGUGGAGAGCUGA